AUGUCGUCCAAAUUAAAAAUAGCUUUAAUACAACUUCUUAGUUCAUCAUCAAAACAACAAAAUAUAACUCGAGCAUGUGAUUUAAUCCGUCAAGCUGCAUCAAAUGGUGCACGUCUUAUUGUUUUACCUGAAAUAUGGAAUAGUCCAUAUGGUGUUAAAUAUUUUUCUCAAUAUGCUGAAACAAUACCUAAUGGUGAAACUACACAAGCAUUAAGUGCAUGUGCACGUCAAACUAAUACUUAUCUUGUUGGUGGUUCAAUACCUGAACGUGAUGGUGAAAAACUUUAUAAUACAUCAACUAUAUUUGAUCCUAAUGGAAAUUUAUUAGGAAAAUUUCGUAAAAUACAUUUAUUUGAUAUUGAUAUUCCAGGUAAAAUAACUUUUAAAGAAAGUGAUGCAUUAUCAUCUGGUCAACAAUUAUUUACAUUUGAUAUUGAUCAACAAUAUCGUAUUGGUCUUGCUAUUUGUUAUGAUCUUCGUUUUCCAUUAUUAGCAUCAUUAUAUUCAAAUCGUCAGUGUCAUGUUCUACUCUAUCCUGGAGCAUUCAAUAUGACAACAGGUCCAGUACAUUGGGAAUUAUUAUUACGUGCACGUGCACUUGACAAUCAAAUGUACGUUGCUGGUAUUAGUCCAGCACAUGAUGAACAAGCAGAUUAUAAAUCAUGGGGACAUACAACAUUAGUUGAUCCAUGGGGAACAAUAAUUAGUAAAUGUGAAAUGAAUGAAGAAAUUAUUUAUGGAGAUAUUGAUCUCGAACAUUUAAAUACAAUCAGAAAGCAAUUACCAUAUUUAUCUCAACAACGAAAUGAUGUUUAUACAUUAAUUGAUAAGAAAAAAGAUGAUUAA